CACCAUGGCUUUUUAAACAGUGGGUGCCCAGCCCAGCACUGCAGGAUGACACAAGGACUCGAGCUGCACCCCAUGUCACACCAUCCACAGGACAACAUUGCCGGGCACGGGCGCUGAAAUUCCCAGGAACGCAAAAAAGGUCCGAAUCACCCAUUAUGAGAUCCUCAACCACACCAAUCGUCCUUCCAACCACAGCCAUCCAUGUUCCUGGGACCAACCAGAGCGGGGCUGUGGGACAAUCCGAGCCAUCCUACACUGUCCUCAAGUUCAUGGAGAGCUUCUGCCUGCUGAGUGCUGCCUGUGGGAUGGCUGGGAACGGCCUGGUCCUGUGGUACCUGGGCUUCCGCAUCCGCAGGAACCGCUUCACCGUCUACAUCCUGAACCUGGCGGCCGCCGACUUCGGGUACCUGCUGUGCAUCGCCGUGGAGACCGUGCAGUACCUGAUGCAGUUCAACGUGGGGGUGCAGUUUGGGAUAUUCCUCUUCCUGGAUCUCUUCAUGUACGGCACGGGCCUGUACCUGCUGACGGCCAUCAGCAUUGAGCGCUGCCUGUCCGUGCUGUCCCCCAUCUGGUGCCGGACACACCGCCCGAAGCACCUGUCUGCCGUGGUGUCCAGCCUGCUCUGGGCCCUGUCCCUGCUCCUGAACAUUCUGGGAUAUGUUCUGUGCACUGUCCGUCCCUCUCCCAGGGCCUGCCAGCGCCUGCUCAUCGCCAUCGGAACCUUGGAUUUCCUCGUCUGUGCACCCCUCAUGCUGCUCUUCAGCCUCACCCUCUUCCUGCGGGUCAAGUGCAGCUCCCAGCCCUUCCCAACGGGCCGGCUCUUCACCGUCAUCAUGCUCACCAUCCUCCUCUUCCUCAUUUUCGCUGUGCCCCUCAGUGUCCUCAUCCUCCUGGACUUCCUGGGCCUCAAGUUCCUGUAUUCCCCAGAGAUUGGCUUUGUGCUGUCCUGCAUCAACAGCACCCUCAACCCCGUCAUUUACUUCCUGGUGGGAAGCUACAGGGAUCGGAAAUUCAGGCUCGCCCUCAGGCUGGCAUUCCAGAGGGCCUUCCAAGACUCAGCGGAUGACAGAGACGAGCGGGAAACGCGGGAUACGAUAACCAUGUCCUCCUGAAAUCCUGCCUGGAAUGUCUUGGCAGAACUGAAGAACUCUGAGGUACUAGGGAAGGUUCAUCUCGCCUGACCCUCAGUACCCUCUCUGUAGAUAUUUUAGGUCAUUAUUUUAAGUCUCUGUUAUUUUAAGACCCCCUUUGGGUUAUUAUUUUAAGUGCCCCAUAUGGUACACAAGGUCCUGGAUCACAGAAUUUACCUGACCUGUAUUUAGGACACAUUAAAAUUACCUGUUUCUUUCCAGUGACUUUUAAAUAAUAUUCAUUUGAUAAGGCUGAAAUGUCUUUGUGUCUGAAUUUCAUCAAAGAAAUCCUGCUCAGGAUCAAUCAUUGUCAUUCAUAAACUCAUAACUUCUGUGUUGCUUUUCACUCACAUCUCUGAAAAUGAGAUCAGUACCAACAAUCCUCCUGUUGGAAGCAGACAUAAAAUUCCUGGAAGGAGAAUCCAUCUAUUCCUCUUAACUUAGAAUUCCCAUCCUAUGUCAGAGCACACACACAGCCUUUUGUGGCUCACAGAGGAAUGGUCACAUUAGAAAGCCCAGAUCCAUUCUGGGCUUCCUAAUGUGAGCAUUUCAAGGACUGAAAAGAUUCACAUCCACCAAGUCCAUUUUUCUCUGAACCAGGGAUGUUUCCACACCACAGAGCAGAAGAGGGCUCCAACUCCUUCCAACUUGCUUUAAAAAUUUAUUCACCGAGUUUCAUCCUAGCUUACACUGCAUUUCAAAGAAAUAUGGGACUGGAGAUUAGUAUUUUAUAUUAUUUUAUUGUUACAUGUUAUUUUAAUUCCCUCCAGCCCUUGGCACAGUCUCUGCAUUUAUCUACAGCAUGCAUUGGGUUGUAAUUUCUUCCUUUCAAAGGACACUUCAGAAACCAUGGCUUUUAAUCUCCUUCACCAAUAGAAAUAAAUCUAAGGAUAGUGGGAAAAAUACAGGAAACAGAACAAGGUAAAUAAAUACCAUGAUAUUCAACAAAUUAUUCUCUAAACCAAGUUCUUUGAGGAGCAAAUUGGGAUUAUUUGUGCUAUCAGACUACCUAACAUUUAUUCUUUUAACCAAAAUUAUUAGUAAAAGUCAGUGUGGGUAAUUUUCUUUGAAA